AUGAGCUCAAUUUUGAUCAUCGGACGGCGCUUUCAUCGUUCAAUACCAUCCACCCGCAGCAUCUCAUCCCCGAACCUCCGCCUAAAGCUCAUCACCGGCACUCACGCUCGGAUCAGAUUCGCUCACCUCGGCGCGCUCACCCGCAGGUUUUCAACUGCGCGAUCAUUCGCAACAUCAGAACAACCCCUCAAAAUGGCAACUGAAGAACUUCCAAAAGUCAAGCUCUACUGGCUCAACGACUCUCGCUCCCAAAAUACCCUCUGGCUCCUUGAAGAGCUCAAGAUCCCCUACACAGUCCAACUCUUCCGCCGCGCCCCCAACCGCCUCGCGCCUCCCGAGCUUGAAACCGUUCACCCGCUCGGCAAGGCCCCCGUGCUCGAAAUCACGCCCGAAUCAACCGACGAGGACCCCAGCCCUGCACCGAUCCGGCUCGCCGAGAGCGGGUACAUCACGCAGUACCUCGUCGAGCAUUUUGGCCACCGGAAGCCCGGCCUCGUGCCGCCGCGGUGGAAGGCCGGGCGGGAGGGAAAAGUCGGCGGCGAGACGGAGGCGUAUGCGCGGUUUUGGUAUUUGUUGCAUUAUGUUGAGGGGAGUUUCUUUCCUGUGAUUGUGCAGUUUCUUCUCAUCAAUGUACUCAAAUCAUCCAACGUCCCCUUCCUAAUCCGCCCCCUGACCUCCCUCGUCGCCUCCAAAAUCUUUUCCCUCGUCAUCUUCCCCAAUGCGCAAAAGCACCUCGCCAUGCUCGAGAACUUUAUCAAGACUGCGCCCGGGGUAUCAGCCGGCGGCGGUGGGUUUCUUUGCGGACCGGAGCUCACAGCCGCGGAUAUUCUCAUCAGCUUUGCGCUCAUCACGGCGGACGCGGAGAAUGCGUGGGACUCGAUGGGUAGUUGGCCUGGUGGGUCAGUGAAGGCGGCGCAUCCUGUGCUGUUUGAGUAUGUUGAGCGGUUGAAGAAGGAGCCUGGGUAUUUGAGGGUUGUGGAGAAGGUGAAGGAGAUUGAGGGGUGA